UUUGGUGCAGUGCGCGAUUAUCUGGAACCAUAUUAUAUUGUUCACAAAAUAGCUUCAGCUCCCAUGCGAUCGGAAUCUUUUGUUCGAUUCGCCGCUAUUGUUAGUCAGUUAGGAAGUGUUUUACGUAUCGAACGUGUUAAAUAAUUUAUGAUACAGAGUUAUCUGAACGUUGAAGUUUAUUUUUGUGGUUUUAAUUUGUGCAGCCUAAUAAAGGAAAAGAAAUAUAAAGAUGGUGAAAUUUCUUAAAACUUGUCCGGACAAUUUAUACUCCGAACAAUAUGAUUGUUCCAAAUUGUUGAACGCAGAUAAUCCUCCGCUAGAGGAACUAGAUCCGGCUAUUCUAAGUUGUGGAUUGCCGGCUAUCGUACUAUCGGACAUGCAGCCCGUGUGCACCCGCCCUAUCCGCUAUACGACUAGCCAGUUGUUGGCAUUGAGAAAAUCCCUGCUCUGCAACCGACGUCCGGCCGCAGCAGAUGACCCAAUUGUGGCGAAUUUUGCCAUUUGGAAGAGACCUAACCCGCUGAGAAAAGGCUGCAAUCCAAACGGUUUCAACGUCAACUCUAAGGACGAUCGGUUUGAUGGGGGUGAAGGUAUGACAAACUAUGUGACCAGGAACCGGAUCCAAGAACGACCUGCCGGACCCAGGCAGAAUUUUCUUCGAGAGAAUGCUUUCAUCGCUCCAAGGUUCCGUCGCAACUACGAGUUCAGCAACCGAAACCAGCAUGUUAUUGUGAAAAAUUACAGAAGUGCUGAUGAACAACGACACCAAGAAAUAGCGAACGAGGAAGAGCCAGAAUGGGUGUCGGCAGGACCUACCUCUCGCCUGGACACAAUCGAACUUCGUGGGUUCGAUGAAGAUACCUCAAUCAACGCCUCGUCGUCGUCGUUGGAGAAAGCAAAUGCUGACGCAAAAAAUACCGGUAAACGUUCCGAGAAACAUAUAUCGUUUUAUGAUGAAUUACACCACUAUGAACACGUACAAGGCAAACGUGGUAACGGUAACUCCAAGCAGGGUGACACAUCCGAACGCGAACAUGAUCUUGAAAGUGUUGCUACAUCUAAUACUAACUCACCGCCGCCAGCUCGUAGCACCCCGACGAAAACUGUCCCCGGCUACAACCAUAUGACCGGUGAAAAACUUAAUGAUUCUAACCAUAAAUUCCACCAGCAACCGAGACAAGCCAGCCUGAAUAUGAACAAUUUUGAGGAAUUCAUAAAGCUUGAUUCGUUGCUUGAGGCGGAUAAAGCAACAAACAGUUCUCCAGGGUCGCGCUUUAGCAAGUGGUUCAGUAGACGCAAUGUGGGCAAUCAGUCGUUCGGUUCAAUCAACGAUGAACGGCGACAUUCGUUCAUGAAUAUGAAUGGCGAUAAUUUUGGAAACGGGAGUAACCGUUUUCAAUACGAUCGCAACCAAACAUCGCAGAACCAUCAACAGCGUUUUAAUCGAAGUUUGCAGGCUGAUUACAAUGGAGCAAGUAAUAAUCAUUUCGCAGCUGAGUCGAAUACUGCCUUUAAUCGAUUAGUCGACAUGCUGGCACAAAACCAAGUUAACAAUAACAUAAUUGCUCAGCAACAAUUUCUGAUGCAAAUGCUUAGCAAAAACCAACAGACCGACAUUUUGCGCCGAAUGCUCAUGAAAAACAACGUCGAGAAUGCAACUGAUCCACAACAAAUGCAACAACAACAGCAGCAACAAUCAGCCCAACAGCAACCGCGCUACCCAUCCCAACGUGAGCUUCAAUUCCACACCCAAUCCAUAAUGCAGAACGCACUGCUCCGUAAAAAGCUCCAGGAUCAACGCAAGGCACUUUGUGAUCAGAACAGUCGAAUUGCUGCCGCCGCUGCCGUAAUUAACGGCGCCGAACCAAACGCAGCCGUGCAGCAAUUCGUACAAUCGGUCUGCCCAAACAUGCAGCGAAGUCUUUCGGUUCUUAGCCAAACCGCUAACAGUUGCAGCAGCAAUCCCUUCAAUCAACUGUUCCCAGCCGGGGGCAAAUAUCCUUGCCCUAAUGGGACAUAUUUCGCUGCAAAACCGAAUCUGCAGGAGCCCGCCUCGCAACGAUUGUAUCAACAGAAACGAGCUGCUGGAACCAUGAGCGCUACAAAUUCUUAGAAAGCAUUGGAUCGGACAAAUCAAUUCCUACAUGUUACGAGAGAACUGGUUUCUUACAAUUCGCCAGUGCCAAAAAAAAAGGUUAUCUGUUACUUCAUUCAAAUUUAAUGCUGUUUUCUACCAUAUAUUACCGUUCUUCAUGAUCACAUUUUUAUAUGUUUGUGAUUGUUGUUUUUUCUUUUAUUACUUUUUUAUAAUAACGUGCUUCGUUUCAUCAAUGUCAUAUUUUUUUUAUGCAAACGGAAUUUCGAUACAAAUUCGCUCUGUCCGAUUUAUAUUUUGCAAAAUUGCAUCUAUUAAUUUGUCGUUAGAUUAUUCCCCCAUCAAGUUUAUUAGUAUAAGACGAUUGUUUGUAAAAUUACAGGAACGAAUGUUCAUUCUCUUCGCUUUAUUAUUUUUUUGAGACUGCAAUCGCUGAAUAUUUUUUUGGAAAAGUCGUUGUUUAAUAGUGUUAUGAACCGUUCCUCGAGCGGUAUGUACUAUGUAGUAACGUAAACUGAAUUGAUUAUAAUGAAUUGGCAUUCUGAAACCCAGAUUUAAAAAAUAAAUGAUGAAUUGUA